GGCUGCGGGGCGGGGCGAAGAGCUCGAGCCCCGGCGAGGUCGGUGUAGAUCCGCUGGCACUUCGGCCCCCAGCCGCCGCUGCGAUUCCCAGCCCGCCACCCGGCUGAGGAGGGUAGCGAGGAAAGGGGCGGAGGGGCGGGGCGGCGCCCGGCUCCGAGAGAGCUGGGGGAGGAGCGCGGCGGCGACGGAGGUGGCUCUAGAAGAGCCGGAGGAGGCGGCGGAGGAGCUCCUUUCCUCUUCUCAGACCCCGGAGCGUCCCGGACGCAGAGCCGGAACUGGGGGGACGCGGAGACUGCGGAGGCCCGGGGUAGAAUCUUCCUGGAAAGAGACAUGAAUGUCUGCAACGAUAUUUCCUGACAAGAAGUUGAUAGCCAGAGAAGGCAAGGGGAUCAACAACUAGGGCACAGGAUUUUGAAUUACCAGGAUUUUGUAUCGCCUCCGACUACAGACUUGUGUUACGUCAGAACUACAGUCAGAACGAAGACAAGGCAAACGGAUACUUUUCUUCUGUAUUUUUUGAUAUUAAAAAAACCCUGAAAUGUCUAGGAAACAAAACCAGAAGGAUUCAUCAGGAUUCAUUUUUGAUUUGCAGUCCAAUACUGUACUGGCCCAGGGAGGAACUUUUGAGAACAUGAAAGAGAAGAUUAAUGCAGUGCGUGCAAUAGUUCCCAAUAAGAGCAACAAUGAAAUUAUCCUGGUUUUGCAGCACUUUGAUAAUUGUGUGGAUAAAACCGUACAAGCAUUCAUGGAAGGUAGUGCCAGUGAAGUACUCAAAGAAUGGACAGUAACAGGCAAGAAAAAGAACAAAAAGAAGAAAAGCAAACCAAAACCUGCAGCACAACCAAGUAACAGUAUCCCAGAUUCCAAUAAAUCGGUUCCCACUCAAGAGGAGCAGUCUGCACCAUCCUCAGAGAAAGGUGGUAUUAAUGGUUACCACGUCAACGGUGCCAUCAAUGACACUGAGUCAGUGGACUCACUCAGUGAAGGUAUGGAGACACUUUCAGUAGAUGCCAGAGAAUUGGAGGAUCCUGAGUCUGCCACACCUGAUGUGCUGACUAGAACAGGAUCCAUGCUGGAGAAUGGUGUCUCUGAUUUUGAGUCCAAGUCUUUGACUAUGCACUCCACUCAGAAUUCUCAACAAAAUAGGAAUGCUGCUAAAUCUCUCUCAAGAUCUACCUUAGGACCUCCGUUUUCAAAUCUAGGCUUGGAAGAUGUUCCACUCUCUUCCACCAACAAAAAGCUAGGCUCCAAUAUUGAAAAAUCUGUGAAAGACCUCCAGCGCUGCACAGUGUCUCUUGCACGAUAUCGAGUUGUAGUUAAAGAAGAAAUGGAUGCUUCCAUUAAGAAAAUGAAACAAGCUUUUGCCGAACUGCAGAGCUGUUUAAUGGAUCGCGAAGUAGCAUUGCUGGCCGAAAUGGACAAAGUGAAAGCUGAAGCAAUGGAAAUUUUGCUCAGCCGUCAAAAGAAGGCCGAGCUUCUGAAGAAGAUGACCGAUGUGGCUGUGCGCAUGUCAGAGGAGCAGUUGGUUGAGCUCAGAGCCGAUAUCAAGCACUUUGUUAGUGAACGCAAAUAUGACGAGGAUCUGGGACGAGUGGCCCGAUUCACCUGUGAUGUAGAGACCCUAAAGAAGAACAUUGAUUCAUUUGGACAAGUGUCCCAUCCAAAGAACAGCUAUUCAACCAGAUCUCGAUGUAGCUCAGUUGCCUCCGUGUCUUUGAGUAACCCAUGUGAUGCCUCUGCUGCUUCCUCUUCCACCUGUGCCUCUGCUCCCAGCCUUACAAGUGCUAACAAGAAAAGCUCAGCACCGGGAGAGACUCCCGCAGCCACCGCAGACUCCAGUGGCCGGCCCUACCAGCCUCAUCGAGAGGUAUUGCCGGGGAACCGACGAGGAGGACAAGGCUACAGGCCACAAGGCCCAAAGUCCAGUGACCCCACGAACCAAGGGCGCCAUGACAGCGCAGGUCGUUAUAGAAAUAGCUCCUGGUAUUCAUCUGGUUCCAGGUACCAGAGUGUUCCAUCCCAGGCACCAGGCAACAUUAGUGAACGGGGCCAGGCUCACCCCGCAGGGACCAAUGGAACUGGAGCCAGCACGGAGCCCGGCCCACCCAAGCCCUCGUUCAAAAAGGGGCUGCCCCAGCGCAAACCCAGGACCUCGCAGCCCGAAACCGUGAACUCUUGAGGGAAAUUCCGCCUGGGCUCUCUCCUCCAUCCCACACAAUUCAACUUGGUAACUGGACUCUAGGAACUUAUAGUUAGAUUUAAUAACAAAAAGAAGUUUACGCAUAUCACUUUUUACGCCAUUCUAAACAUUUUGGUUUCUUCUCUCGUUUUCUUUUGGAAGGGAAGCUGUUUUUGCCCUUGACCUUUCCCAGUGAUAGGGAUUGAUUCUGAUUGGUCAUUUCCACCAGGGAUCACAGGCAACUGUUGCCAGGUUUCCCAAGGGUCAGCGGGGUUCCCCCCAGAGCCCCAGGCCUUUCCAGUGCCUGAGGAGGCCUUCCUCUGCCACCCCUGCUGCUCAGGCUUCAGGAGGUGGCUCGGAGUUGGUCUUGCUGCCUUUCCAGUCUAAGCAGAAGCCAGACAUACCUGCCUGGUUCCCUGGAAAUAGCAGGGUAACCAGGAGAGGCAGUGAGGGGAUUGAGUCCUGCCCUAAAUUAGCCAGAGAAGGGGAAUUGGUUGGUGGAAAGGAAAGAACACUAGGAAACACUUGAGAAUCUGCCUCUGCUCCCAGAACACGCCUCAGAUGGACACUCAGAGUGGGGUUUCAGUCUCUUGCUUGGCGCCGUGGCUUAACCUGCAUUUUCUUCCAAACGCCCAAGCCUUGUUUCCUAGAACUGAGACUCCAAACCAGUCUAGGGAAGUCUGUGGGAAAGUAGCAUUUUAUUAAAGGGAAAAAAAGUCUUUCUCUGUUUUAGUGUUUGAAACUUUUUGUUGUUGUUCUCCCUCCUUCCUGAUUCCUGUUCGGACCCUGAACCAAAUUUAUAGCAAUAUUAGUGUUAAUCUAAGGUGUUACCCAUCAAAAAAUCGCCACAAUCUUUAGAGUUGAAUAAAUAAAAGCAACUGCAUAAAUGUAC